UAUCAGAUAAUACGAGCUUAUCACGUGAUCACGGACUUGAUAGCGGACUCGGGUCGCGAUUCGUCGGUGGCUCUUGUCAUACAUGCAGGAUGGCGUUCAACCUGGCCGCUUUUUCGUACAUCGUGGCGUUGAUCAGCGACGCGUUUCUGAUAUUCUUCGCGAUAUUUCACGUGAUCACGUUCGACGAGUUAAAGACUGGAUACAAGAAUCCGAUCGAUCAGUGCAACAAUUUAAAUCCGCUCGUUCUACCAGAGUACAUACUGCACGCCGUGAGCAGUAUUUUAUUUCUGUUCGCUGAGCAAUAUUUCUCGCUGUUCCUCAACGUCCCACUGAUAGCCUAUCAUGUGUGGCGAUACAUGAACAGGCCCCUGAUGACAGAAUCGGGCCUCUACGACCCUACGAGCAUAAUGAACGCCUAUGAUUUGUCCAUGUACCACAGAGAGGGAUGGAUUAAACUGGCAUUUUAUCUUCUGUCGUUUUUUUACUACUUAUACGGAAUGAUCAGCACGUUGAUCAAUUGAGCGACUGUCGAGGAUCUAUAAAGAUUUUCCAUUGUCUCCGCACAACUGUUCGGCGCAACGGUUGAUCACACUGGAAGUACAAGUGACAUUUCAACUAAUUUAUAAUAAUGGGAGUUUUGUAACAACGCGUAUCGCGGGAGAAUGUUUCUUUGACAUCUGUCUAGUAUCUAGGUAAACUGUAUAAUCCAUACGCAUACGUACAUAUAUACAUAUAUAUAUUGAUGUAUAUUAAUAUAUAUUAAUAUAUAUUUGACUCCUAGACAUUUUUCAAGAUUAUGUACAAUAUUAUACUUCAAGUAAGGUAUCUACAUAAGUAUGAAUAGAAAUUAGACGUAUAUUUCGAGUCCGAAUAUUAUUUGCGCUUUUGUCAGACGUACAAUGCUCAUUAUUUCCGAACAAACGUCAAUGCUGUUCGUAUGUCGACGGAGAUAAAACUGUAUUAAUUGUAAACUCGAUGCGAUAAAUGUAAUAGCUUUUGAUACCUUUGUACGCAGGGCGUUCUUUUCCUUUCUUUCAUGUACGACGUUUAGGACAGGUGUAUAUUCUAAUUAAUUUUUUUAUAUAUAUAUCACGAUACAAAACGUAAGCAGUUGUUAAUAAAAUGUGAAAUAAAUAAUAUAUAUAAGUACGCACGAA